AUGUCUUGUCCUGAUAGCCUUCCUGAACACGUUCUGAGUCUUUUGAAGACCUCAAAAUACCUUCAUUUGGCCACCUGCUCUAAGCCAGAAUGUAUCCCAUCCCUCUCGUUAAUGAACUACACGUACAUUUCUCCAGACAGAGUUUAUGCACCAGAGGGUACGGAACAUUCCUCGACUGACAAAUGCCAUUAUAUUAUUAUGGCAACUCAAAGAAACACGGAAAAGUACGAAAACAUCAUUCAAAACCCACAGGUUUCGGUUUUGAUUCACGACUGGGUCACCGCAAAGAAACUCUCGUUGCGCAAGAGCAGCAUGUCAAACACGCCUACUCCUUCGGAGCCUGUUCAGGCAGAACCUGCUCAAACUCAAAAUCCAGACCAUCCUAGUAGAUUGCUCAACUUACUCCAAGAAUUGAACCAGUCCGAGCUCUCUCAAAUGAGCGCAACGCUACGAGGCCAUGCCGAACACUUGGAUGCUUCAAGUGACGAAUUCAACUACUAUGAGCAAGAGCUCCUCAAGCAGAACCCUGACGCACGUGUCUACACCAGAGGCGAAAACGUGUCAGUUGUAAAGGUCAAACUCGUAAACGCAAAAGUUUCCGACCGUGAUAACAACACUAAAUUCUACGAUUAA